ACAACUACUGAUCCUACUACAACAACUACUGAUCCUACUACAACAACUACUGAUCCUACUACAACAACUACUGAUCCUACUACAAGAACUACUGAUCCUACUACAACAACAACUAUUGCUCAACUAAAUCUCCAAUCACAACAACCACUGCUCCUACUACAACAACUACAGCUCCCACUACAACAACUACAGCUCCUAACACAACAUCUACUGGACCUAUCCCAAACAGCUCUGAACAGCACAACUAUGACUCCUACUGCUACAUCUGCUACUCCUAGUCCUACUCCUCUGACUCCUAAUACGUCAACAACUCCAACUACUGCUACUGCUACAACUCCUCUUAGACUUACGAGUUUGAGAGAAAGAAAGCGCUACUCUAGACCAAUGGGCUGCGAUGUUAGAGAUGACCCCAGGAAAUGCACCUACAUCUCUGUCACAACCUACCCUCCUUUCAUAGUGGAGAUUAGUGCACCUGCAGAGACACCUAAGGGAUACCUGGGAAUCAUCACUGAAAUGCUAACUAAUCAAAUCAAGUUUGAAUCAGUGAUUGUGGUGUACGAAAGUGGAACAUUUACUGUUCAAAAGGCCUUUUACAAUGGAGCCACAUUUAUCAACAAAACACUACUGGAGGUAACGGACAAAGAACUUGCUUAUGAUCCUUAUAUAAAAAUACUUCAAUUGAACUUCAUCAUCCCUGAUAAUUUGACUCCACUUUUGCUCAAAACCUUGACCCUAACACCCAGAUGUGUAAUAGAUACUUGUCUUCAAAAAGUGUUUUUUGUCCGAGGAUCUGUUGAGGAUAAUGGUGAUCUUGGCUCUCCCUCCAUCACACUUUUGACAGGCCUCUCCAGUCAGGUUUCCUCAAGCUGUAGGAAACCCCUUUUUCACGGCCUGUUGAUGACGUUGGUCUGUUGGAACCUCUUCAAACUUCUGCCUUAAAUCUGCUGAACUACCAAAUGAGGACUUUACAUCCAAGUUCAACAUUUUAUUGAUUUGGCUAUUUUUGUUCAAUAACACUGUAUUUUGUAAUA